AUGAAUGACACCUAUGACGAGUUUACAAAUUUAGGAGACAUACCAAAACAGGACGGUACCGAGGUAUAUGAGAAUAGUAGUUCUAGUCAGCCGCACCAGCACCAGCGCCAACACCAGCAGAUGGUUCCACAUGAUUUGAGUGAAGAGUUCGGAUUACUGAAAGAUUCCCCAGAUGUCUCAAUGUUGCCUCCUUCUGUUGUGUCGAUGUCCAAAGAAGAAAUAGUUAUAGAUAAUGGGAGAAUAUGUCCUUAUUGUCAUAAAGAAUUCACCAGCAAAGGGUCUUUGGGAAGACAUUUGGACUCAAAAAAGGGGGACCCAGUGCAUCCUCUAGAUGAGAUCACUGCCAUAAGGAGUCUAACUAAACGAAGGAUCGUUGAAGUACCAAGAGGAUCACGAAAAGCAGCACAACCAGCACCACCUAGUGAGGGCACAAGCAAGAAGAGGAAAGUUAUCAAGAAAAGUAUGGCGAGAUCCCAGAUAUCAGUGGAUCCCGCCAGUGGGCAACGAGAAAAGAGUAAACUUAGAAGGAAACUAAGAGAUAGACGAAUUAAAGCGAAAUUACUAACCAACGAAUGGUUACUUGACCAGUUCGGCAACUAUCCCCUUGUUGAACCUAAACCAACUGAUCCUGGUAGUAAGUUUGCCCAUAUAACUGCAUUAUACUUGCCAGUAUCCAAAUGGCCCGAUUCGUAUCCUGACAAUUCCAGUUACGAUUUGGUAGUUAAUGAAUUAAAAACGCGAGAUAGGUUAGAUUUACUUAGUAUCUUGACUAUUGCAUUCCACACAUUUGAGCAACUACCCUUGCAGCAUAAAGUAGACAUCUGGAGACGGGAAACACUCCGAUGUUUGCGACCCACAAUUGGACUGUUUUCCAUUGCUGAUUUACAUGAAUUGAAAGCAGUUACAUCAAAGAAAGAACAGGGUCAUUUUGAAGAGAUUUGUUCUAGGGAUAAUUUAUCCAGUUACGUUGAUCUUGAUGAUGGUAGAGAACCACUCCCUGUAGAAGAAGAAGAAGAGGCAGAGGAGGAAGGAAUAGACCAGGUUAAAGACGAACCUGAAAUAUUUAUGGCACACCUAACAGAUACGCCAGGAUCAAUGAUAGACGAGUUCACCAUGUUUAGGGAGUAA